AAACAAACAAAAAAGCACUUUUUCUCUGCCAGCAUCUUAGUCUCCUGUUUGUUCAGUAGAGUGACUUAUGGGGGUGCAAUCUCCCCCAAAUUUCCACUCCACACAGGAGGAAUCAGUACUGAGGAAAAAAUGUGACCAUUCAGUCUCUACUUAAAGAGCUAGAGCUUACAAGCAAAGUCCUUGGUUUGCCUUAACUAAAGAAAAGAUUGUGAAGGGGGCAGCACAGUUCCAUCUUUCCUAGAAUAUUCAGCCAUCUAAGGGACUUGACUAUAGCAACUUAUACCACUAACAUCAACAAGCUUCCUCCCAUCCCCUCCCAGUCACACUUACUGGCUCCAUCACUGAACUCUUAGUUCCUGAAAGGAAGAAAAUUCUGCUUUGAAGCACUGAUGUAGAGUUGGAGAAUCCCUCAUCCUCAUAACCCUUGAGUUCAUCUUCUUGCUGUUCGACAGAAACCCAAAGCAUCCUAGUCUACUCUGAGACUGACUCAGCCACCUGGAUAACUGAGAGUUUAUUUCAGUUUAAAUGUUGGGACCAGGCAGAAGCAGGAUAUAUUUAGUGUCUGAAGAUUCCAAAACAGUUGGAUUCUGCAGGAGUCUGUUGGAUUUGGUGAAUGAGUCUCCUCUGAAUGUCUGCCUGGAAAAGAGUGUCGCCUGGUUUGAUGCCAACAUCCUUCGCCAACAAUAUCUUUUGUUCUGAAGAUGCCAGAGAUUACAUCCAAAAAGAAAAUAAUUCUUUUUAUCUAUGAAGUCAUCAUAAAAGGGAUUUUAUUUCUGCUAUUUGUCUUCUUUUUUGCCUGCUCCUUGGAUAUUCUCAGCAGUGCCUUCCAGCUGAUUGCAGGAAAAGUGGCCAGAGAAUUUCUCUUUGGCGGGCUAGUACUUUUCAACCCCAUAGCCUGGGCAAUGCUGGGUUUGCUGGCAACUGUUGUGGUGCAGAGUUCCAGCAUAUGCACAUCCAUCAUCGUCAGCCUGGUGUCAUCUUCAGUUUUUCCAGUAGAAUUAGCAAUUCCUAUAAUGAUGGGAGCCAAUGUUGGGACUACAAUCACCAAUGCAUUGGUGGCUCUCAUGUAUUCUGGAAACAGGGAAGUAUUUGGAAGGGGUUUUGCAGGAGCUACUCUCCAUGGUUUUUUUAAUUGGUUAACAAUGCUGGUGCUGCUGCCUCUGGAGUUGAUCACUGGCUUCCUCUACCACCUCUCCUAUGGAAUAACAAGAUCCUUUAAAUUCCAGGCUGCUGCUGCUGCUGCUGAUGAUGAUGGCCCCGAACUCUUGAAAGCCCUAACAAGUCUCUUAACAAAUAUCAUCAUCCAGCUGGAUGAAAAAGUCUUCCAUGAAAUUGUUACACAAAAAGACGAAGCAAAAAACAAGAGGCUAACAAAGAUUUGGUGUAAAACUUUUAAAAAUGUGACUUUAAGCAAUGUUACCGUUCCCUCACCAGAAAACUGUACCUCUCCCACUCUCUGCUGGACUGAAGGGAACAUGACUUGGACACUCAUGAACACAACGUAUGAAAAGAACAUUGCAAAAUGCAAACACGUAUUUGUGAACACCAACCUCUCAGAUUUGGUCAUCGGAUUCAUUCUUCUAUCCCUCUCUUUGCUCAUCUUGUGCAGUUGUUUGAUCUUGUUUAUCAGGGUCUUGAACUCUGAGCUCAGGGGACCAGUUGCUGAAGUGAUUAAGAAGUACGCCAACACAGAUUUUCCCUUCCCAUUGACUUGGUUGGCAGGCUACAUUGCCAUUCUUGUUGGAGCCGUGUUGACCAUUGUUGUGCAGAGUAGUUCCGUGUUCAUCUCUACAAUCACUCCUCUAGUUGGCUUUCGUGUGAUCAGCCUCGAGAGAGCUUACUCUUUAACCUUGGGCUCCAACGUCGGCAGCACCACCACUGCCAUCUUGGCUGCAUUAGCUAGCCCUCCACGUACUUUUAAAAAGUCACUUCAGAUCGCCCUGUGCCAUUUGUUCUUCAACUUCUUCGGAAUCCUUCUGUGGUACCCAAUCCCAUUCUUGCGACUGCCUAUGCAUUUUGCCAGGCGCUUAGGAAAUGUGACAGCCACCUACCGUUGGUUUGCUUUUGUCCACGUGAUCUGCAGCUUUUUCCUGGUCCCGGCCCUGGUGUUUUGCCUUUCCAUUGCUAGUAGGUCUCUGUUGCUAUCUGUAGGGCUACCCCUAAUUAUUGUGACCUUCUUGAUAGUAUACCUACAUAACUUCAAUAUUCUUCACAUGCUACCCUUGUGGAUGACAUCCCUGAAGCCCUGGGAUGAUCUGAUAAUGAGCAUCAGGGACCUAUGCAGGCAGUGUAAUGAAAAUAUAUCACACAAAUGCAAAAACUCCAAGCUCAAUAGAUUUAUUGCAAGGAGACCACUCCCCACAAUAAAGCCAGACCCUGGUCCAGAUCAGAGCCAGAGACGCAGUUUCAUAAGAGAAAGUAUUUUUUAUGUCAAGAAAUCUGAUGAGACAGUGAAAGAAAUAGAAUCAACAAAUGACACAGUGAAAGAAAUAGAAUCAACAAAUGACACAGUGAAAGAAAUAGAAUCAACAAAUGACACAGUGACAGAAAUACAACCAACAAAUUGAGAGUUCUCAAUUAAUGAUACAAGUACUGAUUAAGCUAGAAAGUAUAAAAAAGUCAUUAUGUGUGGUAACAUAUCUGUUGUUAUUGGCUGACCUUUCCAAGGCCUCUACAAUAAGGGGUUGGGAGCUAGUGGUUGAUAAUUAUUAUGAAAUACUAGAAGUUAUCAGUUGAGUACCUAUCUGACUAUCUUGUUAUAAAAAAAAAGCAAAAAACAAAAAAACAAGCCUAAAAACAAAACAAAACAAAAACAAAAACCUGGUGUGGUGGUCUAUGUGGAAUCUCUUGGGUUAUAGGCCCAAGGUCUAUAGGUCAAGAUAUAAACAAGAGUUGAUACCACCCUAAACAUUGUUUUUCCUUGCUAGUUCAUAUAAAGUAAUAUAUAUUAUUUGGCUAUUAACUCCAAAACAAAUGAUUGCAUUAUGAAAAUAAUCAUAAAGGCUAAUACUAUUAUAACUGUGAAAGAGAGGGUAGGGGAUUUCACACUCACAGCAGUAGACCCACUGCUCCUAUUUCUGCAUUUGCUGCUGACUUUUGUUCUUGCCCUGGAACUGGACAUUUUCUAAGUACAUGGUGGUCCAGAGAAGGACAAAAUAAUCCCCAACAAAGUUUCUGAAAAAUUUGAUGACUCUGAAGUCAUAGCUGAGAAGUCCCACUCUGAGAUCCAAUUUUAGGAGAAAGGCUGAGACAUAAAGAUAUCCCAUAGCAGCAGAGUAUUAAAGUGAAGGGAAGAGGAGGAAAAAAGAUGGAUUAUUUCUUGUUCCACAGGCCUUUUCUCCCUUGGAGUGAGUCAUGGUGAGGGCAGAUAAUUAUUCACUGCAAAAAUUAAGCCAAGAACCUUUGCCAUCCCACCCCUUAACUCUGGAACCCAAAGUAUUGGCAGACAGGGCUGGCGCAGCAUUGGCAGAAACAGGGCUCAAAAUACCACCCUUACCAGGACCACAAUUCUCUCUCAUGUGGUUUGUGAAAGACCUGAGACAACAGAGAACCAGAGGGAUUUUGCAAGAUGAAACCUAACAAGGCCUUGUUUUAAAACCCUAAACAGUCUUCAGAAGGGAAAAGCCCAAGGAAAGAGCUCCAUGGCUCAAAUAGACUUAGCUCUACUUUUAUUUUUAAGUAACUGUUUGGUUACUGAGGCACAUGGCUUUUCCCAAGAAAAGUCCUGACUGUAAAUAGAACUUCCCUGGCCCCACAAAGCUGGCAGAGAGGGCAUUCCUGAGUGGGGAAGACGCUAGCGAGUGAUCUGUGCCACCCAGCCCAGACUUAUUAAGCCAUGUGUUCAUUCCUGGCAACAGGAACUUGGAGAAAGGGGUAGGUGGAGAAUUGUUCACGUUCAGGAGAAUCUGCAGCUGGUCAACAGAAUGUGAUGUUCCAGCUUCUCUGGAAUGGCUGGGCAUGUAUGUUUGGGCUGCUUCCAAAGGCUGAUGACCACGAUGACCAAUACCAAAGAUAAACUCUCAUAGGUGACUAUGCCCUCCAUGUCCUGAUCUUCUUUCUUGCAGUUCUGGGCAGUCUAUAACUAAUUUCUAGAACACCAAGAAGGUAUUCCUGAAGGUGUCUUAAAAUUGGUGUCUUAUCUGAUCCAGAGAGAUGAGCUAUUGUAUUCGCCACCUAGCCCUUUAGUGAAGUGGGGUAGUACUGGAAGGAUUCUGAGGUGAAUGGCCUUGCUGUAAGCCCUUCUUCUUUCUGGGUCCCUGCAUCUCUAUCUCUUUCAAAUAGGAGAAAACCUGCCAGGCCUUUGGAGAGGAGAUAGACUGGUAGGUAGUCAUGCUUAGGGAAAAUGUGGAUUAAAAAAGCAUGACCCUCUUUAGAUAAACUGCAGUCUUUUUUCUGUAUCCCCAAAGGAUAACAAUCUGACAGGACACGAAGCACCUUUGUCAACCUUGAGCUUUAAGGUGACCCAUUAAAGACUAAUCUGGAACCACCUUCCAAUUUUUUGUUCACUUUUCAGGAAUAAGUGUGGUUCAUUUCCAUUUCCUGUCAUCAUUGGCCCUUAAAAUCCUGCUUUUAAAAGGAGACUGGUGAGCAUGGAAAGGUUGGAGCCAGUGAACACUCUCAGGGCAUAAACCUGAAGGUUAAAUUGUCUGUCUGCCUUGGUCCCCAGAACCAUUUUCAUAAUGGUGUACAGGGAUAUGUGUGUGUGCACAUGGGUAGAGUGAGGGAGCCCCUGUAUUCUAGCAGCUCAAAUGCCUUCUCUGCCAUUCAUGGGGUUUCCUUUAAAGAAAGAAUGGCCUUCUCUUGCCUUUCAACCAGUCACAUCCAUUACUUCCCUCUAAAACAGCCUGUCCAAUAUUUUCACCUGAUCCUAUUUAUCUAGGCUCUACCAAAAAUUCCUCAACUUCAAAGUGUAUAAAAAAGUGAAAUAUAGAUUGAGGAAGGCCAGCCCAUUCUCAGAUCCUGUGUUAGUCCAUUUCUGGUCAUAUGGAACCUUACCCUGACCUUCCACUAUACAUAAUUCUUCAUAGGCAGAUGCCAAUAAAUUCUCUCUCUAUAUAGUCACUGAGUUGUAUAGCUUUUUUGUGUUAUAUUGAAAGUAACUUGAUUCUAAUUUUAUAUUGCUCAUCUUGGGUGUAGCAUUCCAAGCAUAUUCACAUCUAUGAAAUAUAAAUGAUGUAUGGAUAUUGUAUCUUCAGACACAAGGUUUGAACUCUGAUAUUUGUGGGCACACUCUUGACCUAGCCAUGCUGCCUUUGUUCAAGGCAAACUCAUUAACAUUUUGUGUGGAGUCAAAUUCCUUUGUAAAGUGGGGGUUGAAGUCAACAUGCCCAAAAGGUGUCAUCAUUGCCAUCCCAUCCAAUCUGAAUUAACUAUGCUUUGUUAGGUAUUCAUUUAUCCUCACUAUCCUCAAUAAAGCCUGAGGUGAAGGUGUGAUUCCUCUCUCUUGUUCCUGCAACCUUGAAGUUUCACUACUGUCUUUCUCUUUCUCUUUCCUAAGUCCUCUCUUGGCCACAUGCUUUCUAUCUCAGAAUCCUUACUUCCACGUCUGCAAAAUUCUCACAUUUUCCUUUAAUUCUUCUUCCAAGGAAAAUGUCAUAGGGAUUCAUGCCUUCCCUAUCAAAAAUAUUGAUUUGUCUGUGUUCCCUUAUUCUUCACCUAUUUUCUCAGACUCCUUGCUCCUUCUCGAGCCCCAACCUACAAAGGAAAAUUCUUUUUAUAACAGCCGCUGGAUGGCUGGUUAUAUUGGGAAAAAAGAAAACAUUCAUAAAUAAUAUACAUAUUGGUAUAUAGAAGCAAGAAUAUCUGUAUAUUUUGUAGUAUCUUUAUUUCUUUUUUUUAAGGUUCUACUUUUUAAAAUUUAAAUUAAUUUAUUUAGUCAAUUUAUAACAUUAUUCCCUGGUUACAAGAAUCAUAUUAUUUCCCUCCCUCCCCUAACCCCACUGUUCCCAUAGCUGAUGCACAAUUUCACUGGGUAUUACAUGUGUCCUUGAUCAAAACCUAUUUCCAUGUUGGUGUUUGCAUUAGGAUGUUCAUUUAGAGUGUACAUCCCCAGCCAUAUCCCCUUGACCCAUGUAUUCAAGCAAUUGUUUUUCUUCUGUGUUUCUGAUCCCACAGUUUUUCCUCUGAAUGUGAAUAGUGUUUUUGUCAUAGAUCCCUCUAAGUUGUUCAGGAUUACUGCAUUGCCACUAAUGGAGAAGUCCAUUACAUUCAAUUGUACCACAGUGUAACAGUCUCUGUGUACAAUGUUCUCCUGGUUCUGCUCUUUUCACUCUGCAUCAAUUCCUGGGGGUUGUUCCAGUUCACUUGGAAUUCCUCCAAUUUAUUAUUCUUUUGAGCAUAAUAGUAUUCCAUCAUCAACAUAUACCACAAUUUGUUCAGCUAUUCCCCAGUUGAAGGGCAUCCCCUCAUUUUCCAAUUUUUUGCCACCACAAAGAGCGCAACAAUGAAUAUUCUUGUACAAGUCUGUUUCCAUAUUAUCUCUUUGGGGUACAAACCCAGCAGUGCUAUGGCUGGAUCAAAGGGCAGACAGUCUUUUAGCACCCUUUGGGCAUAGUUCCAAAUUGCCCUCCAGAAUGGUUGUAUUAAUUAUUUUGUAGUAUCUUUAAACUUGUCUACAUCGUACUAUAAACACAGAAGUUAAAUGCCUCAUUGGUCCCCAUUGCAUGGUUAUAUGCCUUUUCCCAGUUGGAUUAUGCUUGUGAUCUAUUUGCAAGUUGCAAUUUUCAAUAUUUUUUGAAAGAAAACAGAUAUUCAAACCAAAAAGGAUGCAUUUUUGAAGGCUAGGGAGUGGGUUACUUUGAUUCAUUCUAACAUCUUCUUUCUAAGAUGUUGUUUGUUCAUAUGAGCUGUUCCUCCUUGGUUCCCUACCCAGUUAGCAAAAAUAAGUGUCAGAUAAGUUUUCCUGCUUGUCACCUGAUCAGGAAUCUUAGAGCUAGAGUUGUGCUCCAUUACCCUGCAAGAUCCUUUCUUAAGUUAGGAGAGAAUAAACAGAUCAUUAUUUUUCCUUAUUCCAGUUUCAGUCUGAAUUAAUCUAUAAAAUCGUUGCAGAAGGUACUCUUUCCUGUAUGUUUCUCUCUAAUUGACCAUUUCCAGGAUCAGGGGUCAGGCCAGAGAGCUGCCAUCAGCCCAAGCCAGAAAGCAUGGAAAUGCCAUGUAAAUAGUACCCUGAGAAGCAUUAUGGGCCUGAUUUCAAAAAGGAGGUGGAGUCUGUCAGAUGAUGGGCCAGAAGUAGGCAAGGAAAGAUAUGCAAAUGUAACUCUCCUAAUUGACUUGCAUGAGCCCAGCAGCUCUUUUGUAGUCCACAUUAAUAUAGUGGAGUAUGUUAUUGAAGUAUCAACUUUGCUAUCAGAAGAUAAUAGUUUGUGAAUAAGUCACACUUGGCACUAGUUUGGGUAACUAGCUCUUACAGCAUGAGGAGCAUAUCUUAAGCUGUCAGGAGAGAAAUUAUGCCCUCUCACUUGGCUGAGGUUAAUCAAAGAGACUCAAAGGUUCUCUGGUGCCAGCUCUGUGCUGAGAUUAGGGACUUCCUCUUCCUCCCUUGGCAGAGGGCAUUUCCCCUUUUGGGAGCACCAUUCCUCCAUGGCUGCUCAGCUGUGGGGUGCCAGGAAGAGUGAUGAAUUUGGGUUUUAGAUUUAAAUUAGUUUUGAGCAUUAAAUAGUUGUAGAUAAGAGAGUGGGAGCCAUAAAAUGUGAUAAUUAAAAUGUUUGGGAGCAAGGGAAAUAUAUAACAAUUAUGACUGCUGAAAUAUGUUUUCUACUGUGUCUUGGUUUUAUAUAAAUAUAAGAUGGUCACCAGGGAAUAUAUUCCCAAUUUAUGAAUAUGCCCAAGCCAACUGGGUUUUAUAGAGAAAUUUAAUUUAUAAUACACUGAUUAAUCAAUAGAAACAGAGAGAAAGUAAGAAAGGAAUAAGAAGGAAUGGCCUCAAGCCAAUAAGGCCUAGACCUCAGUCCUAAGAGAUAAAUCAGUCAGUUGGUUUUAUCACUCACCCAAGAUCUCUCUAGGUAAGGCUUCUCAUGCCAACCUCAGGCUCCACCUUCAAGAGAGCCUCCUUUCAAGAAAUGUUCCAGAGAAUUCUCCUCCUGACUCCUCCUGAGUUCUCCUUCCACAGCCUCCUUCAAGACCUCUCCAGGAGCUCUCCCUCCAGGACCUCUCUCCUCUCAGACCUCCUUCAGAGCAAAUAGAGCAACCUCCUGAGUUCUCCCCUGUGCCAAUGGUGGCUCUAGCUUAACCCAGGACUGCCCAGAGGUCUGUCCCCUUUGCACAUGUCUAUUGAAGGUCAUAUUCUCAAAUAAUUAAAUCUUGAUCUUUGCUGUAGCCCUUCCUAAAUCCUGUUACUCUGAGUAGGGUGAAGAUUGUAGUUUCCAAGACCUGGUUCUGUCAUUCCAAGUAUCUCUAUUGCAUCAGUUCUAAAAUCAAUCAUGACUCAAAGAAAUUCCUGUUCUAUGCUUAAGCAUAGGUCAAAGCCCUUUCCAUUGUUUAGCAAAAGGUUUCUGUCCUAAAGUAGUCUUAAGUAGUGUGAUAAUUAAAAUGUUUUGGGAGCAAGGGAAAUAUAUAACAAUUAUGACAGCUGAAAUAUGUUUUCUACUGUGUCUUGGGUUUAUAUAAAUAUAAGAUGGUCGCCAGGGAAUAUAUUCCCAGUUUAUGAAGAUGCCCAAGCCAAUUGGAUUUUAUAGAGAAAUUUAAUUUAUAAUACACUGAUUAAUCAAUAGAAAAAGAGAAAGUAAGAAAUGAAUAAGAAUGAAUAAAUCAGUCAGUUGUUUUUAUCACUCACCCAAGAUCUCUCUAGGUAAGGCUUCUCAUGCCAACCUCAGGCUCCACCUUCAAGAGUGCCUCCUUUCAAGAAAUGUUUCCAGAGCCUUCUCCUCCUGACUCCUCCUGAGUUCUCCUUCCACAGCCUCCUUCAAGACCUCUCCAGGAGCUCUCCUCUCUCCUCAUACCCAGCUAUCUUUAAGGACAACUAUCUAAGUUCCCUCCCCUCAGUUCUCACAUCUACCAAUCACUGUCGAUGUCUCCCCUGUGCCAAUGGUGGCUCUAGUUUAACCCAGGACCUCCCAGAGGUCUGUGGCUUUGCACAUGUCUGUUGAAGGUCAUAUUCUCAAAUAAUUAAAUCUUGAUCUUGCUGCAGUCCUUCCUAAAUCCUGUUACUGUAUGUAGGGUGCAGAUUGUAUUUUCCAAGACCUGGUUCUGUCAUUCCAAGUAUCUCUAUUGUAUCAAUUCUAAAAUCACUCAUGACUCAAAGAAAUUCCUGUUCUAUGCUUAAGCAUAGGUCAAAGCCCUUUCCAUUGUUUAGCAAAAGGUUUCUGUCCUAAAGUAGUCUUAAGUAGGGAGGAGAAGGACCCUCCCAUGCCAAGGGUUUUCACAUUCCAAUAGAGUUCUUACUAUCAGUAGGAAAUUUUUCAAGUAUGAAAUUUCCCAAUGGGGAAAUAUCCAACAUUCAUAAGUCUAAGAAAUUUUAAGGUUACAAUCCCCCCUGAUGAUCAUGGGAGACCAGUCUCCCCAUUGAUCAAGCAACAUAAUCAAUUUUGUAAUUCUGAAUUCAAUUCUAACUAUAGAUAUACACAAUAUUCAAUUUUUUAAAAGAGAAUUAGAGUAGUGAGAGAGAAAAUAGAAAAGAAAAGAAAGCAAAACCAAUGUUUUGCUAGGCGCAUUGACAGAAAGCCAAAUUAGGGGCAGUCCCUUUUGGCAUAAAUGUGUACAAUUACAAUAAAUAUUCAAUCAAAAGUUCAGUCCAAUCAAUCAUAUCCAAGGUUCAUUCUUGAUCUUCUUGAUGAAGUGUAGGUUUUCGGCAUCUUUCUGCAACAGUUCAUUCUCUGAAUAUAAAAGUUUCUUGCUUGAAGAUCUUUUCUCGAACAGAAUCAAAAUCUUUGAUUUUUUAUAACAGUAAAAUCUUAAACAAAAUUCAAAAUUCUUGGAUUUUUAUAAAAAUACAAUCUCAAAAAAAUUCAAAAAUUCUUAGAUUUUAAAUAAAAAUGCAACUCCCCCCAAAGUAAGUAUUAAAAAAUAUCAAGUUUUACUCAGAAUGCAAUGUUGAGUUAUGGGGGUGUAUGAGUCAAUUAUCAAAAGAAUAGAAAAAUAAUCAAAAACAUAAGAAAAAUUCAAAAUAGGCCUUGUAUAGGUCCAGUUUAAAGUAAUUUCUAUCCCACAAGUAUGUAGGACAGAAUGCAGUAAUAUUUCACUUAGCCAUUUGCAGCCAAGACUACAGAAAGUUGCCAUAAUAUAAGAAGAAAAGAAUUAGAAUUCUAUUUUGAUGGGGAAAUGUCAUUCCCUCGUCUGAUUUUUUUUGGUCAUUCUCAGGGAUAUAGGGAGCCAGCAUGAUAGUCAAGCUUUGUACUUGUUUGAGUACUUCGUAGAGUGUAGAUACAAGGAAGUCCUACUACUUAAACAUAAGUUAAGCUUUGCAACCUCGAGUCUCACUUUAAUAUUUCUUGUGUGCUCUAUUGGCACUAUCCAGGUUUAGUCAGUGCUCCUUGUUUUUAUCCCUUUUUCUGGAAUCAGACACAAACAUUAAUCACAGUCCUAUCAUAUUUUAUCAAUAAAUGGCAGGUUCCCAUAGUUUAAAGCUUUUAGGCAUAUAUUGAUAUUAUAGCAAGAGUAUAUAUAUUAACUUGUAUUACUGCAGGAAAAAAUAUUAAUAUUAAUUAUGUGUACCUUCAGUACAAAAAAUGAGAAAAAAUCAAAUAUUCUGAUCAAAAAAUAAAAUAAAAAAUAAUAAAAUUAAGAAAAAAAUCAGCAAUUCAAUGUGUUCUUGAAAAAACAGCAUCCAUUUGUCUAUGGAUUAUUAUCUCCAAUUCAUAUGAUAAGAUAUAGUCAAUCAGUCUCAGGAGAAGAUGCUUUCUUCACAUGUGAGCAGUGAAUCCAAGAGUCUCUUUCUCCUAUCUUUAUAGAUGUUGGAGUAGUUAAUAAUAUUUGGAAUGGUCCUUCCCAUGAAGGUUGAGUUGUUCCAGUUUGCUUGAAAUUCUUGAUAUAAACUUUAUCUCCUGGGUUCAGGUCAUGCAGAGAAAAGUCUAAUGGUCCAGCUUGUACUGCAGCUCCGGAUUCAUGAAGUUCAUGUAGUUUGUGCUGUAACUCCUGUAUGUAGGAAGCAAUAGUAAUAUCUCCCCCUAAUACUACUGUAUAAGCUGGGGAAAAAGGCUUAGCCUGUAUAGGUGGAUGUCCAAAAAGAAUCUCAAAUGGUGAAAUAUGUAAGUCUCCUCUAGGCCUGCUUCUAAGAUAAAAUAGGGCCAGAGGGAGAAUUUUAGUCCAUUUUAAAUGGGUCUCAGUGCAUAAUUUGCCAAUCAUAGUCUUAAAUUCUUUAUUCAUCCUCUCCACUUGGCCUGAGCUCUGGGGGUGAUAUGGAACAUGGAAUUUGGGAGUUAUUCCCAAGCAAGAAUAUAUUUGGUUUAAGACAGAAUUGGUAAAAUGACUCCCUCCAUUGGAGUCAAUAAGUGCUGACAGGCCAAAAUGAGGAAUAAUUUCCUUUAAAAGUAUCUUUGCAACAAAAUCUGCGAUGGCUCGGGUUGUAGGAAAUGCUUCCGGCCAUCUGGUUAGUUGAUCUACUAUGACCAGACAAAAUUUAUAACGUCCAGCCUUUGGCAUCAUUAUGAAAUCUAUCUGUAGAUGUUCAAAAGGUGUGUAAGCCAGAGGAUGUCCCCCAAAGACUUUUCCACGAUAUACAUGUUGGUUAUAUGCCUGGCAAAUAGUGCAGGCUGAACAUACUUUAGAGGUUAUAGUAGUUAUACAAGGGGCUAUCCAUACUCUCUUGACAGAGUCCACAAUGCCCUGGGUGCCAAAAUGACCAUUUUUGUGAAUAGAUUGGCAAAUUUGGUUAUAGAAACUUCUAGGGAGCAUGGGUUUUCCUUCAGAUGACACCCAUACUCCAUUAAUCUGUUUUGCUUUAAAUUUUUGUUUCCAUUUUUCCACUUCCUUUUCAUUAUAGGAAAGUGAUAAAUUUAAAUUAUCAGUGGUUGUUAAUGUUAAAAUUAAUCCAGGUCCUUCUAUGGCUGCUAGUUUUGCAGCUGCAUCUGCUCGGUCAUUUCCUCUAGAGACAGGGUCAGAGCCACCUGUAUGGGCAGAGCAAUGAACUACAGCUAGGGCUUUAGGCAGUUUGAGAGCAGAAAGAACUUCAUUAAUAAUUUCAGCAUUAGCUAUGGAUUUUCCAGCUGAGGUUAAAAAUCCUCUCUGGAGCCAUAGCAUCCCGACUGAGUGACAAAUGCCAAAAGCAUAUCAAGAAUCCGUAUAAAUUGUUGCCUUUUUAUCCUUGGCAAUUAUACAAGCUUGCAUCAGAGCUAUGAGUUCUGCUCCUUGAGCAUUAAUGUUAGAAGGUAGUGAAGCUGACCAUUCAGUGGCAAAUUCUGAGACUACGGCAGCUCCAGUGUAACGUAUGCCAUCCCUCAUAAAAGAGGAACCAUCGGUAAAUAAAAUCAGAUCUGCAUUGUCUAAGGGAGUGUCCAAGAGAUUAUCUUGAGGCUUUUCUGCCAUGGACACUAAUGUUUCACAGUUAUGUAAUGGUUCUCCGGAAGUAGGUAAAUCUGGAUGCAAGGUGGCAGGGUCAAGAGUUGAACAGCAUUUCAAGGUAAUAUUUUCACUAUUUAAUAAGGUUAUUUCAUACCUUGUAAUUCUCUGAUCCGAGAAUGCCUGUGUUCUGUUUUAUUAAUAAUGCUUCUAUCUCAUGUGGGCACAUUAUUGUUAAUGGACAUCCCAAUACUAAAUCAACGGUUUUUGUUACUAGUAAGGCUGUAGCAGCUACUCCUCUAAGGCAUGGUGGUGCUCCUGCUGCUACUGGUUCUAGUUGGGCAGAAUAAUAAGCAAUUGGGUGCUGAGAAGGUCCCAAAGUCUGAGUUAACAUGCCAGAGGCUACUCCUUUUUGCUAAUGCACAUAUAAAGUAAAUGGCUUGUUGUGAUCUGGGAUGCCUAGAGCAGGGGCAGACAUGAUAACCUUUUUUAGAUCUGAUAGAGCUGACAAGUGUUCAGGCUCUAAUUUGAGGGGUUCAGGAACCAAAUCCUUUGUUAAUGCUAUAUGGGGUUUAGUAAUUUCCCCAUAGAAAGGAAUCCAUUGUCUGCAAAACCCUGUUGCUCCUAAAAUUGCUCUCAGCUAUUUCUUAGUGGUAGGAGCACUCAAUUUUUGAAUAUUCUCAAUUCGUUUUGGAGAAAUAUAACGAGCACCCGCAGUCAAGAUGAAUCCCAAAUAUUCUACUUUUUGGAGAGACCACUGAACUUUAUCCUUAGAGAUUUUAUGUCCUCUUUUGUGCAAUUCCAAAAGAAGGUGUUUGCUAUCUUCUUGACAUGUUUUUGCAUCUGUUGAAGCCAAGAGUAGAUCAUCUACAUAUUUGAUUAAUUUGCUAUUUUUAAAUGUUAUAUUGUCUGUGUCUUGGCUCAAAAUUUGCUCAAAUAAGCUUGGACUUUCGACAUAACCUUGUGGCAGCCGACACCAGGUAUAUUGUGAGCCCUUCCAGGUGAAAGCAAAAAUAUGCCUGGAGUUCUCAUGUAUAGGUAUGGAAAAGAAAGCUGAACACAAGUCUACUACUGUAAAGUAUGUAGCUGUGCUAGGAAUAGAUGAAAUGAUAGUAUGUAUAUUAGAAACUACGGAGUGUCUCUUUAUAAUGUGAUUAUUCACUGCCCUUAGAUCCUGUACGAAUCUAUAGAGGUGCUUGCCAUCGGGCCCUCUUUUUGGAUUUUUAAUUGGCAGGAUGGGCGUGUUGUAUUCAGAUUUGCAAGGGAUUAUUAUUCCCUGUUCUAUUAAUGAGUUAAUAACUGGUGUAAUACCCUCAAUUGCCUCCUUUGAGGGGGGAUACUGAGGGAUAGAAUGAGGUGGGGUAGAUUUAGUUUUUAUCUGCACAGGAACAGCAGAUUUAAGUAAGCCUACAUCGGAAGAAGAUGUGGCCCAAAGAGACUCCGGUAUAUCUUUAGGUAUUUCAAAAUUGGAAGGCUCUUUUGCAUCCUUGUUUUCUGAGAGAAGUAUAGGGAGUAAAUUUAAAGAUUCCUCUGGUACUUCCAAUGAUAAAGAACCAUCUGGUGAACAAGUUAUUGUGGGUCUGAGUUUGCAUAGAAGGUCUCUCCCCAGCAAAUUUAAAGGGGAGUCAGGCAUCAAAAGAAAGGUAUGUUGUACCUCUAGGGGUCCUACAGACACCAUUCUAGGGGCAAGUUUAUCAACUCUUUGGGGUAUUCCUGAUACUCCUAUUACACUUUGUGAAUCAACAGAAUAACAAUUUAAAUCUGGUACAUUCUUCAAUACAGACCUGGUAGCUCCAGUGUUUAAUAGGCAAUCAUAAUAAGUAUUACCCACCUUCAAGGUAACAUGGGGUUCAUUAGUUUGGGGAGGGCAGUGGAUAGGGACAAUGGGUAGUAGGACAUCAGGGUAUGGGAAAUCAAAGGUUGUAUUCUCUGAUUCCUGUGCCCCAGCCCCCCCCCAGACACCAUCAUUGUGUUUAGGAUAUUCCUUGGGCACCCCCCUGAAGGGCACCUCGACUAUUUUUUGGAUGAGCACCAUUUCUCAUAUAUCGUUGUUGAGUAUUAUAAUUUUCUUCAUUUGGAGCAUUGUCAUUAUUUUCCCAGUUCUUAUUUCUAGAAUUCUGGUUUCUAAAGUUCUUAUUUCUAUGUUCAUUAUAGUUAUUUCCAUAAUCAUCAUUAUAAUUUCUAGAAUUUCUAGAAUUCUGGUUUCUAUGACCAUUAUCAUCAUUAUAGUUGUUCUGGUUUCUAUGACCAUUAUCAUCAUUUCUAUGGUUAUUAUUUCUAAAGCUAUUAUUAAACUGUGUAUUCCUUCCAAUUAUCUUAAGAAAGGUUCUACAUUCCAUCAUUUUGUGGCCCUUCUUCUCACAGAAGUGGCAAGUUACUGAUUUAUUUGUGAAUUCCCGUAAAGGGGCUAUAGUCUCUCCCUUAUUUUUCAAUUGUCUCUUUAACAUUUCAAUUUCUUUCUUUAAAUCUUCCACUGCUGUAUCAUCUUCCUCAGGUCUUUUUACACGACCUUUAUAAACAUAGGUUGCUACUCUCCUUAGUUCAUCUAGGUCCACAGCGUCCCAAUUAGGGCAGCUAGUUUUAAAGUAGUCCUUUACCACUGAACAACAACUCUUAACAAAUCGUCUACAUAGUUGUCUAAUGUCUCUUUCUCUGGAUAAAUCAAAGUCCAUAUAUGUAUUCCCUAUGUCAAUAAGUUGUCCAUAAACUGGGAGGGUGUUUCAUCAAUAUAUUGUUGGGUUUUUUCAAAUUUUGACCAUUUUUCAGGUCUAUCAGAGCUAGCUCUCAUGGCUGUCAAUAAUGCUUCUAUGGCCUGGUUUAAUUUUGUGUAAUCUAAUUCAACAUUGGGGUUCCAAUGUGGAUCUUCAGUUGGCCAAUAAUGUCCUCUUCUACCUUGUUUUUUAUUAGCCAGAGAGACGAUAUUAUUUUUCUCUCUCUUUGUUAAUAAUUCAUCUAAUAUAUUCUCAACAUCCAACCAAGUGGGGUCAAAAGUUCUGAAUAUUUUCUCUAAUUUUUUUAUAAUUAAUAUUGGUUCAUCCUCAAAUGAUGGCAUAUCUUCCUUCAAUUUUUUUAAAUCCUCAGGGGUAAAAGGUGUAUGAUGCCUUACAGAUAUUAAGUUUCCAUUUUUAUUAAAAGUGGGUACUUCCCUUAAAUGAAAUAAGCUAUCUGAAUUAUUUGGCACUCCUGUUUCUAGGCAUCUUGCUCCAUUUUCAAUUGGGUAAGUCUGAGACAUAGAAGGGUUGGGCACAUUAAAAGGAGGGGUUUGUUGUAAUCCCAUUGUGCCAGAAAAUUCAGAGGUAGGGUGUGUACUUAAAGUUGAUUGUGUUGUGUUGGAAGCCUGGGUGGGGUAUGAACUUAGAGUUGAUUGAUUAGAAUUAGAGUUUUCUGAGACUAAGGGGGUAGGGGAAGCAAUUGGUUGGUUUGACUGAGAAUUGAGUUCUUUAAGGAAAUACAAUAUUAAAAUUACAAUAAUCAAAAACUCAAGGGAAAGUAGUAUGUUGAUUAGUUUUUGCCAUAAGUUCCAUGAGAUGAGCCCUUUCAGAGAGACAAGGAAUUCUGUAUUUAUAAGAUUGGUCAUGGGGCUGCUGAGCCAGUUGCUAAGUAAGUUGCAGACCAAUGUUUGUAUUAAGAAAAGAACAAAGUAUUUACUGAAACUCCAGUUGUUAACUAAGUUCUGAACUGUCUGUGACUCCAUAUUUCUAAAGUAAAAAACGUGGGAAGCAGGACAAGGCCAAAGAAGUUUUCCCAGGUUUUUCUAGUCUUAAUUUAGGCAAUUGCUAGCCAGGACCUUAGGGCCCUGUUGCUAAGAUCUAAAUAGCUUAAUUUAAGGAGAAAAAAGUUUUUUACUCACCAGUUUUUGCACCUGUAAAUUUGAAGUCAAGUUAAAAAAAAAGAAAACAAAACUGACUGAUAUGCAAGUAAUAAAGCAAAAAAAUAAAGGAAAGAGAUUUUACAGAAAUAUUUUGAGGAUUUUCUCACCAAAUUCAUGGUCAGCCAUAAACUGUUAGAUUUAAAUUAGUUUUGAGCAUUAAAUAGUUGUAGAUAAGAGAGUGGGAGCCAUAAAAUGUGAUAAUUAAAAUGUUUGGGAGCAAGGGAAAUAUAUAACAAUUAUGACUGCUGAAAUAUGUUUUCUACUGUGUCUUGGUUUUAUAUAAAUAUAAGAUGGUCGCCAGGGAAUAUAUUCCCAAUUUAUGAAUAUGCCCAAGCCAACUGGGUUUUAUAGAGAAAUUUAAUUUAUAAUACACUGAUUAAUCAAUAGAAACAGAGAGAAAGUAAGAAAGGAAUAAGAAUGAAUAAAUCAGUCAGUUGGUUUUAUCACUCACCCAAGAUCUCUCUAGGUAAGGCUUCUCAUGCCAACCUCAGGCUCCACCUUCAAGAGAGCCUCCUUUCAAGAAAUGUUCCAGAGAAUUCUCCUCCUGACUCCUCCUGAGUUCUCCUUCCACAGCCUCCUUCAAGACCUCUCCAGGAGCUCUCCCUCCAGGACCUCUCACCUCUCAGUCAUCCUUCAGAGCAAAUAGAGCAACCUCCUGAGUUCUCCCCUGUGCCAAUGGUGGCUCUAGCUUAACCCAGGACCGCCCAGAGGUCUGUCCCCUUUGCACAUGUCUAUUGAAGGUCAUAUUCUCAAAUAAUUAAAUCUUGAUCUUUGCUGCAGCCCUUCCUAAAUCCUGUUACUCUGAGUAGGGUGAAGAUUGUAGUUUCCAAGACCUGGUUCUGUCAUUCCAAGUAUCUCUAUUGUAUCAGUUCUAAAAUCAAUCAUGACUCAAAGAACUUCCUGUUCUAUGCUUAAGCAUAGGCCAAAGCCCUUUCCACUGUUUAGCAAAAGGUUUCUGUCCUAAAGUAGUCUUAAGUAGGGAGGAGAAGGAUCCUCCUAUGCCAAGGAAUUUCAUAUUCCAAUAGAAUUUUUACUAUCAGGAAAUUUUUUCAAGCAUGAAAUUUCCCAAUGGGGAAAUUUCCAACAUUCAUAAGUCUAAGAAAUUUUAAGGUUACAUGGGGCCAGGAUAUAAUGCAACUGGUUCUUACCCCCUAACACAGGGGUACCCAAACUAUGACCAUGCGGGCCACAUGAGGCCUCCUAAGGUCAUUUAUCCAGCUCCCACCACACUUCUGGGAUGGGAACCUUUCAUUGAUGAUCAGUGAGAGGAACAUUCUAUGUGGUGGUGUGCCAAGGCAAGGCAUUGCUCACGUACAGUACUACUUCUGGUGACAUAAUCCUUUGAAUGGUGCCUUGUUCUGAGAGUAACUGAAUAAGAAAGAGGUGCUGAGCAAAGCAUUAUAUGGCUGCACAAUGCCAGACAUCAGCAUGGUGAGUGGCAAUAUGGGGGAGGGGAUUCCCCACUGUGUACACUGCUGCCCGCUAUAGUGGUGGUGGUGAUGGGCCUGUGCAAGGUGUGACAGGCCCAUCCCAGCCAGCACUGCAGCCUCUGCUAUCCCAGAUAGCCAUAUAUGGAUUUGUUCAUAGUUUUUUUUUUUUAAAUAGUCUGGUCCUCCAGCGGUCUGAGGGACAGUGCCCUGUGUAAAAAGUUUGGGGAUAAUACACCUGUUUUUUACCCCCAAACCCCAGGCUUAUAUUAAGACCAGAAUGAGAAAGGGCUUCACAAGCUUUGAAAAUACAAUAUCAGUAUCAACUCUGGCCCAUUCUGUGUAUCUGAGGCUCUCUCCUCCCAAGAGUUUUUAGUGAGAUGGGGCACAUUGAGUAAUCCACUGGAGUUAGCAAUGCUCCUCCAUAUGAGGGAAGGAGGGAAGUAGGGAGGCUUGAGCUCCACAGGAGAAGAUCAAUAAGGGUGGGUGAUAGAGUUCAGUGGCUUCCCCAUUGUUUUUAAAACAGUGCCUGGUACAGAGUAAAUACUAUAUAAAUUUUAACUCUUAUUAUUCUUCACACAAAGAUGAAGGGAAAACAGAGUUUAUUAAGUUCCCAAUCUGUGCUAGACCAGCAAUGGCAAAACUUUUAGACACUGCAUGCUAUUUCCUCUUCCCUGUAUCCCCCAGAGACUGUGUACCUUGCCCCUGCCCCCCAGAUUGCUGGUGUACCCUCAUCCUUUCCCCUUUACCAACAUAGGGGAGGGAGUCAGCUCUCUCAUUGGGCUGUGUGGCAGAGAAGCAAAUAAUGUGAAAAAAUUAUUCUGGCAAGGUGGAGUAGGAGAAGGGAGUGGCUCUGCCUGAGUCUCUCUGCCUUUCUAGUAACAAACUCUGGGGUGUGGUGGUGGGAGAGGGUGGCAUUGUUGCCUGUAGAAAACACUUUGCAGGCCAUCUUUGGCAAUGUGCCAUUGGUUUGCCAUCACUGUGUUAGGCAUUUAAAUAUCUCAUUUGGUCAUCCCAACAACUCUGGCAGGUAGAUGCUAUCAUUAUCCUCAUUUUACAGUUUGGGAAACUGCCUCUGCUCUAGUGCUCCAAACAUUAUACCACCUAGCUAUCUAAUGACAUGUGGAACCUGACUAAUAUUAUUUGGCCUUAUAGGUUAUGUUUGACUCUUCACAACCCCAUUGGAGGUCUGAUUUUUUUUAAACCCUUACCUUCCAUCUAUGUAUUGAUUCUAAGGCAAAAGAGUAGUAAAAGGUUGGCAAAGGUUUGCCCAGGGUCACAUAGCUGGGAUGUGUCUGAGGCCAGAUUUGAACCUCAGACCUCCUGUUUCUAGGCCUGGCUCUCAAUCCACUGAGCUACCCAGGUGCCUCUGCCAUUGGAGGUUUUCUUGGCAAGCAUACUGGAAUGGUUUACUACUUAGAUUAUGCAGGUGGGUUCUUCUAGCACCCCUACAGAAUGAACAAUCCAUCUGUACUUUCUAAGCCUGUGUGCUAAUUCUUUAUGAACUUCUUAAAAUCCUCGAUAGAGAAUUUACUCAAACUUUGAUGUCCUCCCUCUUCCUCUUUUCAUUCAGUUCAAGAAACAACUUUUAUGAACUCAAUUUUUUUUUCAACGAUUAAACAUUCAUGUUGUCCCCUUUGCCUUGCUACUCCUGUCCUCACUUGGGGGGAAAGACAAAAAACAAGUCUUGGAAUGAAUAUAAAUAAUCAAACCAAACAAAGUCCAGCACUGGCCACAUUCAAAACACUCAUUUUUCAUUCUGAAUCUUGAGGUCAUCCCUCUUCUGUCAGGUGAGUACCUUACUUCAAAACUAUUCAGUAAACAUCUAAUAACUCAAUAAAUACAUUCUCCUCAUUACAUAAUAAUGACAUUUAUUGCAAGACUCUGAGCUCGGUCUAGAUUUUUUUUUUUAACUACACUAAUGAUUUCAUCAGUGUUGGGUAUAUUUUUGCCACAACUUAGUUACCUGGUAGAAAGAUCAACAAAUUUGCCCCAAUUACUUAGUGAAUCUUUGGGUUCUAUAUGUACAGACAAAAGCAAAACAGUCUUUGACUUUGAGAAGCUUUCAUAAAUUAGCAAGAUACAAUUGAGGUUCAAGUAAAUACAAUUAAAUAGAAAGGAUACAUAAUAACUUAAGAAGGGAAGGAAGGAAAUAAAUGUGUGGCAGCUACUACUGUGUCAAGUACUCAACUGAGCAUUUUGCAAAUGUUUUAUUUGGUUGUCACAAUAACACUGGGAGGCAUUUAUUAUCCCCAUUUUAUAGUUAAGGAAACUGAGGCAAAUGAAGGUUAAGUGACUCGCUGAGGCAACAGAGCUAGUAAGUGUAUGAAGCUAGAUUUGGAUUAAGAUCUCUCUGAAUGCAGGCCCAGGGUUUUGUCGACUGUAGCUAUUAGCUGUCUCUAAGGGACAGUGUUAACUAACCAGGGUAGGAGGGAAGGAGAGAGAGGGUCAAGAAAGUAUUCAUAUAGGAGUUGGUGGUGACUUUUCUUUGAAGAAGGUCAGGAAUUCUGCAAUGGGGUAGUUGGGAGUGAGUACAUUACAGAUCUAGGGAAAGCAGAGUAAAAUGGAAUGUCUUGUAUGUGCAACAAUUAACAUGCCAGUUUGACUAGAGCAAACAAUGAAUAGAGGGAGUGCAUUACAAAAUGAUUAGGUAGGGAAAGUAAAUUCUUAGAAGGCUUUAAUCAUUGGUAGUUUGUAAUCAAUAAGCAAAAGAGCCAUUGAAAGAUUUUUGAGUGGAAUGGGGGUGUGAAAUGAAAAUUAAAAAAAAUUAGUGGUCUUUUGUUUUCUAUCAUCUAUAUUUUCCUUUGUAUCCCUCAUCCUCUCCCAACCAAAGACUUGAUUCUUUAUUACCUUAUGAUAAGACAGAUUUAUUUUAGAAAGAGGGAAAAUAGCUAAGCAAAAUGAAUUAACUUUUUUUUAAAAAAGCUGAUAAUUCAGUAUUCUAUACCCACAGUCAAUUAUCUCUACAAAGACUUGGGAGAAGUUUCUUCCCCUAUAUGUUGUUAGGAGCCAAGUUUGACUGCUAGAAUUUUGCAGCUUUUCAUUUUGAUUAUUUUGUUUUUCUUUUUUCCAUUUUCAUUGUUGUUUGUAAUCAUUGCAAAUAAUUCUUUCUAGUACUUCACUUUAUACCAAUUCAUUCACAGUUUCCCAAACUUGUUUGUAUUAAUCAUCAUUUUUACAGCAUCAUAUUAUUUCAGAAAUGCUUUUUUAUGGUCAACAAAUAAGCACAUUGUGUUGUACUCCAUGUUCCUUUGAAUUCUCCCUCUCUGCAUGGGUUUUUUCUUUGGCCAAUGAAUCUUUGUUCAUAUGGGGUUCUGCCUCUACUCCAUCACCUUGGAAAGGAGUCUUUCUGUGAGUUAAUAUUUAAAAUUAAAAUAGCAAAGAAAUUAUAUAUAAAUGUAAGCUGCUAUUGUUUCCUGUUUUACCAUGUUAUCUCUCACUACAUAUAAGAUGUGCCAAAAGUCUCCGUACAGUUUAUAUGAUGGUUAUAUUUGAAGAUUUCAUUCCAAAGUUCUUUCCAGGCUUGGCAGUUUCUCUGAAAAUGAAAUUUUUGGAGUGGGUGAUAGGAAGAGAAUAAUCUCUCAAUGACUCCAUAAUUCUACUAUUCCAAGCCUAUAAUGAACUAACAACCACAUUCCCCAUGACAUAACAAUGCACUACUUACCAAGUGGCUGAAGAUGUUUGGCAUGGAGGUUGAGUAGGAAGAAGAAAUUAGAUAAAAGUUCUAAGUUACCAGUGCAUCUCUUCCAACCAAGAAUUUAUAACUCCUUUCAAAUCACUGGAUUAAUGUGGUGAGAAUGGACCCAAUCAUGUUACUCACAGUCUGGUGCUUUGGAAUUGAUGUGAUAUGAACAGAUGAAAGAUCCAAGUAUGUGUAAUUGAAGUCAAUUAAAAAGACCACAACAUCAAGGAAACUAUUGUUUUGGGUUUGGUUUUCCUACAACAUAACCUUGGUUUCCUCUGUGUUAAACCAUGAAGUCCUCUAUUUUUCACUCCUUCUUUCUUCCUCUCACUCCAUCUUUAAUGUAUUAGGUAAUACUAUAGAUCUUAGGCCCUUAGUUGAGUGCACUACUUGGAGUUUAAAUAAAGUCUUUUUUUGGGGGGGUUGGGUUUGAUUCUUUCUUUCCUUUGUUCCUUCUCUUUCUUUCCUUUCUUUCCUUCCCCCCCCUCCUUUCAUUCUUUCUGAAGCGGGUCAGGUUAUUUCCAUAUCUUCUUAUUGGGGGAAUCAUAUAGUCCCCUUAUAUCAUAUAUGGCAAAGUGGCCAACAUUAUUCCAUGGGUUCAUAUCCAAAAGAGAUAUUAUAGUCCUUAAGCGUCUGGUUAUAUUCUAAGAUGAUUAAUACAUAUACGGAUUCUCCUUGGCAAAGGUAUUUUUUUCAGGGCACAAGGGAUUUUAACAUGCUAUUUUAUUCAUAUUAUGAUUAUAAAUUCCUAAUUCUCACACACAACUUUUCACUUAAUAAUCAUGAUAAUUCCAUAUAAUUUAUCACUAAAUUACUUAUCUAAUAGGAUAAUAUAGAGAGGAUAUAUAGCUAUACAGAGGCAUGAAAUAGUGUGUGUAAAAUGAAGUUGAUUAAUUAUAUAUCUUUGACAAUUUCCCCUUAAGCCUGCCUUUGGACCCAGUAUAAAGAGUGGGUCAAUACAAUCUAACCAUAUAGAAUAUAGUCUUUAUGAGAAGUAAUUCCAGAGAGGUUAAUCCCCUACUGAGAGACAAAGAUUAUAAAGGAAAUUGGGUAACAGUUUUCAUAUUAGCUACAUCAAAGCAACCUACUACAAUGUGAUAAAUCUAGAGUUAAUGGUCACUAAAAAAAUGUAGAUGGUGGACCAAGGGUUUUCAAGGUUGGAAGUGAUGUCAGAAUUGCCUCCUGUUUCCUGGGUUCUCUGCUAGAAAGCUGAUUGUUGAAGGACAUUGGUCAGAAAAAAAAAGUUGCUGGUAAUAUUAAUAAGUUCAUAGUCUGGAAAUGUUAGUGGCUCUGAAGAUUCUUAGCCCAUCUUAAUGUUAUCAAACACUAGGGGGGAAAGGCUUAAAAUCAGGUUCACUGAGGGAGCAAUAAUCUAAAAAUCUUUAUCGUUGGGUAUUCAUACUCAUGGAACAUGUAAUUAUUAUUGUCUUCAGGUCAGUAAAUCAUCAUGUUAGAGUCUGGUGAAAAUGUUUUGGGCCUUGCAAGUUUCUUGGGAAUAAAGGUAAAGAGGAAGACACAUAGUUUUGAAUACAAUCUAAUACAGAAACCAAAGCAAUUUACAAGUCACAUUGAGGCAAAGAUAAUGGCUAGAACAAUGAGUAGCCUUCUGAAAAUAAUAGACAGAAUUCUAGUACCCAAAAAGCCAGAAAAAUUUGAAGAGAGAUAAGAAAACAAGUUCCCAUCACAGGUGAGGUGAGAAAACAUGAGUCUCAUUUAUAACUUGGUGAACUUCUGCUAGAACCUCUUCAAAUGAGCAGACAUCAGUGCCAAUGUAACUAGAGAAGUUUGUGUUAACAGGACUGAUUAAUGAUGGCAAAAGCCCUGCUUUAUGCAAUGAUGAGGAAGGCAAGAACAAGUCAAUGCCAUUUUAGUAUGAAAGCAAUGGAUUGAAGUCUUUUCCUUCUGUAAAAAUGGAGAUUUAAACCACGGACUUCAAUUCCCAGAAGUCCUUGAUAGCUCCCAGAGUUCCCCAUAAUCCCAGGUGAGGUCCUCAAAUGGCCCUUGAGCAGAGAGGGAUAUUAAAACUGACUCCACCUUCUUCUCUCUCUCUCAGCUUUGGCUUCUAGGGACAGGCUGCUCUGUACCUAGAUGGCAAAAUGUAGAUUGCACAUGCUUUCUAUAUUUGUAUUAUCUUUAUUUCUUAAUCUUUAAUAAACCUCAUAAAAUAUAAUAUAGAGAAACUAAAUUUUAAUCUUAACACUUCAACAUUAGAAGUGGUGGAAGUUAUUAAUAAUAGCUAAAUCAGUCCUUCCUGUGCUGAUUGCUUUCCUCCAAUUUGGUGGAAAUUAUUAAUUUAGUCUUGGUCAUCAGAUUGAAAAUCUGUAUAUACAGAUUCAUCAUAUAUUUAUAAUAAUCAAAAGACUUAAGCUGUAUAGUGAGGCCUAUUUCAUGUGGCUCCUUUAGCCAUCUCAGGAGUAGUCUGAUACAAGAGGAACCAGAAAGGUCUUCUCCCAGUAAUGAAGUGUACAUUGGGAGAAAGUUCAGCACAGAAAGAAGGGGGAGCAGCAUUUUCUAAGAUGAUACAUAUAAUUCCUCCCUUUGUCUCUACCACAGGUAGAAGAGAGCUAAAUGUUAGAUAUCAGCCCAAAGUAUCCAUAUCAUGUUCUUAUGUCCCUUUUCUACCCCGUUCAUCCUCUCAAGUUGUAAACAGUUUUUAUAUAUAUGUGUACAUAUAUACAUACACAUGUAUGUAUGUAUAAUGAAAUAGAAAGCAAAGGUAAUACAACAAUGAUUAUUAAAAUGAACUACUCUUAGCACUCUGAAUUUUUAGUAGCCCAUACUCAAUGUUGACAAAUUUCAUCUCAGAUCUUAGAUAUUCCAUGUAGUUGUUUCAGCUCCCAAACCAUCUUUUCUCAAACAUUCAGGGAUAGGUCUCCUCUUCUGUAAAAUUGCUUCCUUGGUUCUAAGUUGCCUAUAGAGAUUUUUUAGAUAUUCCUGCUAAAAUCUUUCACAAAGCAGAUCUCAAUACAAAUCACUACAGCUUUUCAAAUAUUAUUUUUCUAAUAAUAAAUUGAGGUGCUAAAAAUCAUCCAAAAUUUUAUGCUCUUAAUCUCAUUAACAAUAGAGCAGGAACUCACAAUGCACUUGAAUUUUAGAAAAUUUAGGUUUUUUACAUGCUCCAUUAGAGUCCUUUGACAUACAGGGUAGUCAAAUAUGUUGAGUUUUUCAAAACUUUCUACUCCAAUUAAUUCCAUUUUCUUUAGGAAGAUCAGAUACUAUUAGGGAUCUACUCCUAUAUAAAACAUAUGCAAAAUACUUUAAAAGAGAGUCUCUUCACUCCUAAAUUCAGCGAUUGUAUAGGAAUGAAUUUACUUACAAGAAGUUGAAUUAAUUCCAACUGAAACAAGAACUUGGGUGGGACACAGAUGCACUCAAAUAGGUAACUUCCAAAUAUACAUAGAGUACAGUGUAUAUUAAAUGGGUUGCCUGUAAAAAAUCCAUUCAGUUCUUAAUCACAUUCAAAUGGAGAAGAUUUGGCACAAAUAUCAAUUACAUUCUGAAAGAAUGAGAUAUUUCAUUCUGAUUAAUUAAUUAAUCUGAUAUAUGACUGUAUAAGCAUUAAUAGUCAAAUAGCAAUUGACAUGGUGGUUUGGAUUAUAGAAUGACUUGAAAACAGUAACAGCUUAUGUUUUUGUGUUGUACUCAUAUCCUCCUUUGACUGCUUGCUCUAAAUAUAGAAACUUGCUAGAAGAGGACAGCAUAAUAACAGUAUCAAAAUCGAUUCUUUUAGGCAUAAGUCUCAAAGGCAUAGAGUGAUUUAGCACACAUGUAACUCUGUAUCACCUCUGGUAAGAGUUAACAGUUGGCAAUCAAUCAUUCAGUAACAAUUUCACUUCCCAGCUAGACCCAGCAAUAAUCAAAUAGGGAGACAUUCCUAAUUAAAAUGAAAGCAAAUGGGGAUAUUGACUCCCAAAGGGGUCCUACCCUCAGGUGUGCUGAAGGUCAUCCCUUGACCUUUUCCAGAUAAAGAUCUCCAUCCAUGGCAGUUCAGAAUUAUACUCUUUCUGAAUAACCUGUGGCUUUUUUCUUUAACGCGGGUUACUGACAUUAUGAUCAAUGCCAGACAACUAAAUCUGAAUUCAAAACUUAAAAUAAUAUGAGAUAGCAUUGCAGGAGAUUUUGCCUCAAAUGGCAAGUUACACCAACUAUAGCUCAGGGUAGUAAUUUCCCAAGAUUCCUAUACUCUAUGUAAGAUUUUAUUCCACAUCUUUCUCUUGGUUUUCUCCUCUUCUUAAACUAUAACUCAUCUGGGCAGAGUAAUCAAUCCUGUAAUAUAGACAAACUUGUAAAUGCUCAGAAAUCUAAUUUCAUUGUUUAGAAAUUCCUUAACCCAAACAGGCUCUUGGUACAAGGCUGAUCACUGUCCAUACAGAUGGCCUUAAGAAGAUGUACAUGCUUACAGGCAAAGUUUUCUUUCUCUUUUAAUUUUUCAACCAUGAUGAAAAAGUAUUUUCUUCUUUUCCACAAUAUUUUUAAGUCCUCAUUGAGUCUUGUCACUCUAUAAUGGACCUGACAGGAGUUCCCAGGGGGCCAUGGGCUUGUUCUUCAUUGCCCAUAAAUAAGUUUUUCUUUUGGUAGGGAGAAACAAGAAAAUCCUUAAAGUUCAAUUGAACCAAUUACAAAAUAGAUAGGAGAUACAUGUGUUCUUCCCAGCAAGUAAGGCUUCUUGUUAUCUAACUGUUCUUAUCAAAACUGUAGUGCUUUUUGUUGCUGUUGUUUCCCAAGUCAUAUGCCUUUUCCCUUUCUGUGAACCAAGAAAAUGUUAAUACAUUGUAGGCGGUUUAAUUUUCUCUUUUAAAAAGACUUUUACUAGUACUAGAGAUUGGUUGUUCUGGGUUCAGAUCUGGCCUCAGUAACUACUUAGUAGUAGUGCCCUUGGCAUGUUACUUAAGCCCUAUUGCCUAACCCUUAUCACUCACUCUUCUGCCUUGGAACCAAUGCGCAGUAUUUAUUCUAACAUUCUAAAUAUGGGUUAAAAAAACCUUUUAAAGGUUGUAGUUGACACCAUGUUGAUAUAGACUUUAUUUCAAUUAAUUUUUUGAUACUCAUCAACUUGUUAUAACUUAUUUAAACCUUUAAACAUGAAUUGAGUUUUUGCCUUUCAGAUUUUCCUAUUCUCAUUACAUGAAAAUCCUAUGUCAACAUUAUAACAUUUAAAUUCAAUCUCAUCAUGUAAUAGGAUCAACACACACUUCCCUUACAAUUUUAUUUGUUGAUAGGGAUAGAAUGCAAUUAAAUUAAAAGAAGAAUACUGUCAAUAUUCUGCAGGCUCAUAGCAAUAUCUUUAACAUUCUAAGGUCUGAUGGAAGGAUAAUUUAUCUCUUAGGCAAUUUGCCAAUCCUGAAUCAUGAUUUCCAUAUCCAGAACUUGAAAGUUUUCCAAGCUUCAAAUUCUAAACAUUCAGAGCACAAUUCAGAAGAUCUGUCACUUUCAAAAACAAUUUAAAUCUACCAAUCUAAGAUUAUUAACUCUUAAUACCCAGACUCAUUGUGUUGAAACAAGCAUAAUUUUGACAUUUCCACUGGAGAAGUCAAACUAUUUCUCUUUGUCAUAUUCUUAGUUUCCAAUUAUUUUAAUAUCUAUAUUUUGUCUCUGUUCCAUUUCAAUGCAGCAAGCAUUGAUGAUGGGAGAAAGAUGAAAAAAACCACAAAAAUCACGUGAGACAGACACAGUCAUAAAGACAGAGAAACUUUUAACAAUUAGAACUCUAAACCCAUACAUAUAGACUAAUGAGGAUGGAAGCUAUGAAUUUAUCUAUGUCUACUUCAUUAGCCCUUUAAAGCAUAGAUAUACAUACACACAGAAAUACUCACACACAGAAAUACUCACACACUCACAAAAUAAAUCUAAGAACUCUUGUCACAAUACAUUUGGAACAAAAAGAAUUAAACCUAUGAAUGACUCUUGAAAUGGUCACAAAUUGAAUCUCAAAUGGUCACAGCUUGACCCUUCAAAUGCUAAAUAUUUAAGAAAAGAUGGAACUUGCAACAAAUUACAGAUUGUAAUGGCCCCUUGAAAACCAUAAAACACAGAAUAUGCAAUAGAGAAGCCCAAAGAGGGAAAGUAUUUCCUACAAGAAGUUUUUACUGGUAGCUCAGAAGUGAUUAGAUAUUUGAUGAGAUAGAAAUCCAGGCUUCAGGGGCCUCAUAAGGGGGACAAUAGAGCUCCUGGGAAGUUCCUCCAAAGGUGUCCACUGUAAACCUUAAAAUUUCUUAGACUUAUGAAUGUUGGAAAUUUCACCAUUGGAAAGUUCCAUACUUGGAAAAAAUUUCCUACUGAUAGUAAGAACUCUAUUGGAAUGUGAACCCCCUUGGCAUGGGAGGAUCCUUCUCCUCCCUACUUGGGACUGCUUUAGGACAGAAACCUUUUGCUGAACAAUGGAAAGGGCUUUGACCUAUGCUUAAGCAUAGAACAGGAAGUUCUUUGAGUCAUGAUUGAUUUUAGAAUUAAUACAAUAGAGAUACUUGGAAUGACAAAACCAGGUCUUGGAAAAUACAAUCUCCACCCUACUCAGAGUAAAAGGAUUUAGGAAGGGCUGCAGCAAAGGAUCAAGAUUUAAUUAUUUGAGAAUAUGACCUUCAACAGACACGUGCAAAGCCACAGACCUCUGGGCGGUCCUGGGUUAAGCUAGAGCCACCAUUGGCACAGGGAAGACAUGGACAGUGAUUGGUAGAUGUGAGAACUGAGGGGAGGGAACUUAGAUGGUUUCCUUAAAGAUAGCGGGGUCUGAGGACUGAGGGAGUUCGAGAGGUUUUGCUCUGAGAGGUUGUGCUCUGAGAAGUUUUGCUCUGAAGGAGGCUGGAGGUGGAGGCCCCUGAGACUGUUUCUCCAUUUUGGUCACGUGAGUGAUAGGGACUGAUCUCUUUUCUUUGCCUCAGCUAUCUAAGGGCUUGGGCCUUUUGGUCCAGCCUAAACAGAGGGGGUAUUUAAGCCCUAUUCCCUUCUCUCCUUUCUCUCUCUCUCUCUCUCUCUCUCUCUCUCUCUCUCUCUCUCUCUCUCUCUCUCUCUCUCUCU